UUGGCCGGGUGUUCGGGCAAGUGCAAAAAGUAAUGGAAGAUCGAUUUGAUCAGAUAGAUGUUGCGUUGUCGGAAAUUCAAACCCACUUGGCAAAGUUUGCGGGCGGUAGCAUUAACGAAGUCACCCAUGCACCGAAGCUGGAUAUGCCCAAGAGUGAUGGCUCCGAACCCGUGCGUUGGUUGCAUUUGGUAAAAGAAUACUUUGCAUAUUAUGAAACCCCCUCAAAGGAUCGUCUGCAAUAUGUGACAUCGAUGUUGGAAGGGGCCGCUGCAGAUUGGUUCCGUUGGCGUAUGAAUUACGGGCUCAUUAAUGAUUGGGAUGAUUUUGUGCACAAGUUCAAAAUUCGAUUUGAUCCUUUUCAUUACGUCUUUAUGGAGAAGAUACCCGAAGAGGCCCAAGACAUAGUUAUUCAGGUAGGGGAAGGAGCAGUUGCGCACCCAACACUUGUUGUCAUGGACAAAGGUGGAUCUCAGAAAUUGAGUGCUGGAGCACACACCAAGGAUGACAUAUACAGUGGGUCUGAUGCCAUGGGGAAAGAGGGGGAAACCCCUGGUGGCGAGGAUGAAGCAAACUACAAGCUCGGGUGUACUCCUUGUGCUGGACGUCGCAAAGGGCCAAACAUUGAGAUGUGUCAUCGAUCCAAAUAGCCAACACCCUCUUUCUUUAGUUUGGUCUCGCACAAUCAUGAUGUCUCACCACCCCCUUAUCAUCAAGCCAGAGAAUCAAGAUUUGAAGGGAGCUGCUAGACAUGAUAUUUUUGGGUGUCACGCAUACUUCCUGCACCACGCCCCAAAGGUCAAGCCGG